AAAUAAAUAAAAAUUAAAGCAAUUCAUUCGGCGUUUGAAAAUCAGAGAUUACUGUAAUGCUAUAAUGAAUUGCAGUCCAUAUUAUGUCAAUUAGAUACAAGUAGUUGUGUAAAUUUACAGAUUAUUUUGUUCAGUUCGAACGUAAAAACCCAGAAAAAUUGAACUAUUUUCUUCUCUACAUUCCAGAACCUCGUUCAUUUUCAUUCUCUUGGAAUCUUUUUCUUUUUCCGCGAUAAUCCUUCUCCAUUUUACUCAGCGAUAGGAAAAGGAAGCAUCUUUUUUUUUUUUUUUUUUUUUAAUCUAACCAAGCCAUCGGGUUGCUGCUGAUCAUAGGGAUUUGUAUUACUUUUGGAAUUCUCAAAGUUUGAAGUUUGAAAGGAACAAUUCUUUUGGGGUUUUUAUAAUUUUUGCUGAUGUUUGAUCUUCCGGAAGCGGCGGACGGAGGCGGAGCAGCGGCGGGGGAGAGGUCUUUAUCGUCUCCUUUGCUGUCUCCGGCGAACCCGAGUCCGUCGGAAAUUGGGACUGAGCGGUGGGAGACAGCGGAGAAAGCUGCUCAUAUGAUAAUCUGCAAGGUACAGCCUACUGCAAUUUCUGAAGAAAGAAGAAGAGAUGUAAUUGAAUAUGUCCAAAGAUUAAUCAGGAACAAUCUUGGCGUAGAGGUAUUCCCUUAUGGUUCUGUACCAUUAAAAACAUAUCUCCCCGAUGGAGAUAUUGAUUUGACUGCCUUUGGUGGUGCUAAUGUUGAAGAUAAGUUUGCUGAGGAUAUGAAAUUUGUACUCGAGGGAGAAGAGAACAAUAGUUCUGCAGAAUUUGUGGUAAAGGAUGUCCAGCUCAUUUCUGCUGAGGUUAAGCUUGUAAAAUGCAUGGUGCAGAAUAUUGUUGUCGAUAUUUCCUUUAAUCAAAUUGGUGGCCUAUGUACUUUGUGCUUUCUUGAGCAGGUUAAUCGCCUCAUUGGAAAAAAUCAUCUGUUUAAGCGUAGUAUCAUAAUGAUCAAGGCAUGGUGCUAUUAUGAGAGUCGAAUUCUUGGUGCUCAUCAUGGCUUGAUUUCUACCUAUGCUUUGGAGACAUUGGUCUUGUACAUCUUCCAUCUUUUCCACACAACAUUAGAUGGUCCUUUAGCAGUCCUAUAUAAGUUUCUGGACUACUACAGCAAAUUUGACUGGGACACAUAUUGCAUUAGUUUGUAUGGACCAGUUCACAUUUCCUCGUUGCCGGCCAUUGUGGCUGAGACGCCUGAAGAUGGCAGUGGUGAUUUACUACUUACUGAUGAUUACUUAAGAUCUUGUGUUGAAAUAUUCUCAGUUCCAUUGAGAUAUGCGGAACAAAAAUCCCGUGGAUUUCAACAAAAACAUCUCAACAUUGUUGAUCCUUUAAAAGAGGUCAAUAAUCUUGGAAGGAGUAUCAGCAAAGGAAAUUUUUACCGUAUACGCAGCGCUUUUUCUUAUGGUGCUAAAAAACUUGGGCAAAUACUCAUGCAGCCAGAAGAUCGUAUCACUAAUGAACUUCAAAUAUUUUUUUCGAGCACUAUGCAGAGGCAUGGAUGUGGACAGAAGCCUCAUGUUCAAGAUCCCUACCCACAAUUAACUUACAAUGGUUUCAUUCCUGCAUCAUCUAGUUUAGGGACAGGGCCAUAUAAAGUUGAAAACUCUGCCAAUGCUGUGGGCCAUCGUUUCAAUGGAGAUGCAAAUGACCUCACUAUCCCAAGCGUUGAAGGCCUUAAUAUUUCUAGUGAUUCACCCAAGUAUCGUAAACAAGUUUUCACAGGGACGGUCAAUGCAACCGGUAUGCCCCAUGAUUCAGAUCAUGCGAAUCAGGAUCAGGGCUCAAGAAGUAGGAGUGGGAAUCCAGAAUUUUCAAACUCCUUAUCAGAUCUCAGUGGGGAUUAUGACAGUCAGUUCAUUAGUUUACAGUAUGGUCGAUGGUUUUAUGAAUGCACCUUCGGUGUGCCUUCUUUACUGAUGACUCCAAUGCGGCCUCCUCAGUAUGAGAACCAGAACCCAUGGGAUGGUGUCCUAUAUCCAUCACAGUUGACGCACAAUGGGUUUUCCCUUGGGCAUCCCCAUGGCUUCAUACCAAUGUAUCCCAUGAGCCACGCACUAGUACCUGGUGCGCCCAUCGGCAGGGAAGAAAUGCCUAAACACCGAGGAACGGGAACAUAUUUCCCCAAAAUGAAUCUAUCCCCACAAGGGUAUAGGCCUUCAGCUGUUAAAGGAAAGAAUCAUUCACCAUUGAGUUCCCCACGUGACAAUGGGCGGAACGUGAUAUUUAUGGAGACAAAUAUGCUGGACAGAAAUAGCCAUGAGCAGUCACAACCUCAAUACCUAGUUGCUGUCGACCAAAGCGUCAAUCUUGGGUCAUCUGGGAUCCACCAGUCAUUUUCCCCUCGUGGAAGUAGGCAUGUACCAUCUGGAAAUUUUUUCUCAGAACGAAACAAGCAACAAAGACCAGCCCCUUCUUCCCCACAAGUACGGAGUCCAGAUUCCCCAGGAAUGCAAAGGCUGAAACCUGCAUUGAGCAGGGACCCGGAUAGGGGUUCAUUUAAUUCAUCGUACCAUCUCAAAGAUCAAGAUGAUUUCCCACCUCUCUCUGUCUGAAUUUCAUGAAGAGAUGCUCAGUUUUUGUAGUCGCUAUAAGCAUGAACGUGCCAGUGCAAGCCCAAGCUUUUUGCCUCUGUGGCUCCUCUUUCCGCCUCGUGGGAGAUACAAAUAGGUUAUGUACUUUUUCCAUUGUGGUGACGUUUGAAGGAUUGUUUACCUAUACAUUUUACAUGUUUGACAACAGAGAUUCACAUUCUGCCGUCUUUGUAUAGGAUGCUAAGAUUCCCUUCCCAUUAAGUUUUGUCUUCACCAUUAUGGUGUGGUUUAAUCAUGAACCAGUAUGUUGUCAAAUGUAAAUUUUAACUUUAGUUGCAUAGAGAAAUAUUAGACUUUUGGGUAUUUUGCUUAGUUUUGAAGUAUUUUCUUGUGAAUUAGAGUACUAUAAAUACAA